AGGUUGUCUUUCAGUGUUAAAAAUGUAUGUAUCUAUGGUAUUAUAUAUGGUAUUUGCUUCGGGGUAGUUGACAAAACUCUCUGCUUCUUGGGAAGUUUUUAGCAUUUUAAGUCGUUCAACGUUUUAGUAUUCUAUAUGCUCCAUGACAAUGCAGUAUAUGGGAGAAGACGAGUUGCAGGGAUCUCAAUCAAAUCAUCCGUAUCAUCAUCACUCUGAUACGGAGAUAACCGAGAGCAAGACGAUUGCUAACAAAAGUAGUAAAUCCAUCGACGUUGUAGAAGAACCCUCAGUUAACAGCACCAUGGACAUUCAUGACGACUUUGUUGCUGCUCAGAGCGUUAAGACUUCUACUGAUCUUGAAAGAGAUCCCCAGUUGACUUCAAUCGCCAGUGGUUUCGAGAAGAGAACCUCAUUCGGUUCCUCAGUAGUAAGAAGCGCUUCUGCACGUAUCAGGCAGGUCUCUCAGGGACUGAAGCGUCUUACCUCCAUCUCAAAACGAGUCCCUCGCGCUCGUUUUGAACGUACCAAGUCUGCAGCAGCUCAUGCUUUGAGGGGCCUCAAGUUUAUCAGCGAGACAGAUGGUGACGUUGGCUGGCCUGCCGUUGAGAAACGAUUAAUCAAGCUCACGGCUUCCACCAAUGGCUCUCUACCCCGUUCGCUCUUUGGACAAUGCAUUGGAAUGAAUGAAGACUCAAAGGGGUUUGCAGGAAGCCUUUUUGAUGCACUUGCUCGUAACCGAGGUAUAGAGGGUGAAUCUAUCAACAAGGCCCAGCUGAAAGAAUUCUGGGACCAGAUUUCUGAUCAGAGCUUCGACUCCAGGCUACGAACUUUCUUUGACAUGGUUGAUAAAGAUGCUGAUGGCAGAAUCACAGAAGCCGAAAUCAGAGAGAUUAUCUGCCUGAGUGCUUCUGCCAACAAGCUCUCAAAUAUCCAGAAACAAGCAAAGGAAUAUGCAGCUUUGAUCAUGGAAGAGUUAGAUCCAGACAACUGUGGAUACAUCAUGAUGGACAACCUCGAAGUGCUUCUGUUGCAAACACCAAACCGGUCUAUAAAAGGUGGAGAUAGCCAGAGCUUGAGCAAAAAGUUGAGCCAGCGGCUCAAGUAUCCUCAGGAGAACAAUCCAUUUCGGAGAUGGUGCCAAUGCACAAACUAUUUCUUAGAAGACAACUGGCAAAGAGUUUGGGUAAUCACACUGUGGAUUGGAGUUAUGUGCGGCCUAUUUGUAUACAAGUAUGUGCAAUAUCGAAACAAAGCUGCAUACGAGGUAAUGGGCCAUUGUGUAUGCAUGGCAAAAGGUGCAGCCGAGACACUUAAGUUGAACAUGGCACUUAUAUUAUUACCAGUUUGCAGAAACACCAUCACCUAUCUCAGGAAUAAGAGCAGCCUAGGAGUUGUCGUUCCAUUUGAUGACAACCUCAAUUUCCAUCAGAUAAUAGCAGUUGGAAUCGCCAUUGGAACCGGAAUACAUUCAAUUUCUCAUCUGGCUUGUGAUUUUCCUCGCCUUAUUCAUGCAACCAGUGACAAGUACGAGUUGAUGGAACCUUUCUUUGGGGAACAACCAUCAAACUACUGGCAUUUUGUCAAGUCUAUAGAAGGAGUGACUGGAAUCGUAAUGGUAGUGUUGAUGGGGAUAGCCUUUACGCUAGCAGCUUGGCUCAGGAGAAGUACGCUCACUGGUUUCAAUGCCUUUUGGUAUUCCCACCACCUCUUUAUCAUUGUUUACAUUCUGCUGAUUCUACAUGGCAUUUUCCUCUACCUGAUUAAGGAAUGGUACAAGAAAACGACCUGGAUGUAUUUGGCCGUUCCACUCGCUCUUUAUGCAUGUGAAAGAUCGAUUAGGGCAUUCAGAUCCAGCAUCAAGCCCGUUACAAUACUAAAGGUGGCUGUUUAUCGUGGAAAUGUAUUGUCGCUUCACAUGUCGAAGCCCCAGGGCUUCCAUUACAAAAGUGGGCAAUACAUGUUUAUCAAUUGUGCUGCUGUGUCUCCAUUUGAAUGGCACCCAUUUUCCCUGACCUCAGCCCCCGGAGACGACUACCUAAGUGUCCAUAUACGAGCUCUCGGUGAUUGGACAAAAGAACUCAAAACAAGGUUCUCAAAGGUGUGUAACCAAGGUGAUCCUAGUGGGGAAAGUGGACUCAUCAGAGCUGAUUUCUUGCAAGAGGAUAGCCAUACAAAUUGUCCGAAAGUUCUGAUCGACGGUCCAUAUGGAGCGCCAGCACAAGAGUACAAGAACUAUGAGGUGGUAUUGUUGGUGGGGCUGGGAAUUGGGGCAACCCCAAUGAUCAGUAUAAUGAAAGACAUAGUGAACAACAACAGGGCCGUGGAAGAGGAGAAGAUCAAUGCUUUAGAGAAAGGAAGUAAAACAUCAGGCGCAGAAGCAGAAGGAGCAAGUCAUAUGAAUGAAUUCCACACUAGGAGGGCAUACUUCUACUGGGUAACAAGGGAGCAGGGCUCCUUUGACUGGUUUAAAAGUGAAAUGAAUGAGGUGGCUGAACUGGACAACAGGAGAGUGAUUGAGCUCCACACUUACUGCACCUGUGUCUACCAAGAGGGUGAUGCGCGUUCUGCUCUCAUUACCAUGCUGCAGUCCCUCAACCAUGCCAAGAAUGGCAUCGACAUCGUCUCUGGUACACGCGUCAAGUCCCACUUUGCCAAGCCCGAUUGGCGGACUGUCUACGAGCGCAUUGCGCGCAGACACACCCACUCCCGAGUAGGGGUCUUCUACUGCGGGCCAGCGGCCCUCGCUAAAGAGUUACGCCAGCUAGCAACGGAUUUAUCUCACAAGGGCUCCACCAAAUUUGAUUUCCACAAAGAAAAUUUCUGACCCCAAGGGGAAAUGGAUGAGUCGCACAUUGGAUGACGAUGGAGUCUCGAGCCCCACCACGAUAAAUUAUGUUACUCUCUUUAUCUCGUAUGAGAUGAUUGUAUGCUUAAUUUGUGAAUUCUGCUUUACAGCAAACAAAUGGAUUAGCACAUAUAUAAUUGGGACUGAAUCUUGUUAAGGAUAAGGAUGCUGAAGAAACUGAAUGAGUUUAGAAGUUCAAUUCUGUCAGACUAUUAUUUAGAUUAGAGUUUGUUGUGUUAUCAAUUACUAUCUUAGAGUUUGUUAUGAGUUCUACUACUAUGUUUGUAUCAAACACUUUCUCUAUUAAUAAGAUAGUCAACACGCACCGGAGGUGUGGUUGAUAUUUUCCU